CUUAUUUAUCAGACCUGGAGAGGAGAGAUCCAGGGGUUGCACACAGCAACUCUCUCUCUCUCUCUCUCUCUCUCUCUCUCUCUCUGUCUCAUCAUGUUGGUGGCUCUGAGCAGAACCGUGCAGCUCAGGAACCUCAGCUGGACCAGAGCCGUCUUGCAGAAGCGCAGCGAGAGCAUUUACAGUAAGCCGCCCAAGACCAAGAUCGGACCCGGGCAAAGUUUCUUUAUCAUGUCGGUGUUCGCGACGGCUCUCCUGCUCCCAGCCGGAUGGAUCCUGCACCACCUCCCCGAGUACCGUCAUCGCCCUCCUGCUCCUCGGUCCUGAACAGAGCUCCACCCGGCCCACAUGCUGCACCCUAACACCAAUCCCAACAGCCUGUUACUCACCAUUACUCACCAUCUGAGACACACGGAGACCAGCUGUUUACUGAGGAAGCAUGAAAAGGAGUUGGAAGAAACCUUCAGCUCUUAUGAUGGAGUGUGUUGUGUAGAACAGCUCCACAUUCAUACCUGUAAUAUCUACAUGCUCUACAAAUAAAAAAUAAAUCUAAUAAAAA